AGAGUAGUUAGUGGGAGGAUAUGUGUAUACUUAUUUUUUUAUAAAUUAUGAAGAAUUUUCAGGAUAAAAGGGCAUCUAUAGCUUUAGCGAAAAAUUCAACUGUAAUUAACGAUGAUAUAUUUAAAAAACAAUUAGAAAAUUGCUUUCAAGUUUUAACUGAAAGGAAAGAGAUUCAUACUACAAACAAUCUGUAUAAUUCAAAACCUGAUAUCAUCAAGGAAUUUUAUGCCUCCCUGUUAACAGUUACAACAGAAUUUGUUAGACAAAAUGUUAAUAGAGAGGACAUUACAUUCUUUUUACAUGAUGAGUGUGGUUUAUCCUCAGAACGAACAAACCUGUAUAUAAGCAUGUUGGAAGAAAAGAAAUGCCAACUACAAAUAGCUUUAUUAAAUAUUGGAAGUGCUCUGCCACAUGUAACAGAUAUAAAGUGGAAAAUAGACUACAUAGUAAAGUCUAGUGAAGUAGAAUCUGCAGAAGGGCCCUUAUUUAGAAUAUGUUUAAUUGGUGAACAGUAUGAUAUAGAAAAGGAUAGUAAAGUUUUAAAACCUAUUCAUUUCACUUGCAACUCAGUAGAGUUAUUAGAUUUAAUUUAUAAGUUUAAAGAUGCUCUUAGACACUGUAACUCAGUAACACAAAGGGUUUUCUAAUGUAAAAAUUUUAUUUAGCCAAAUAUAUAUUAUAUUUUUAAUUUUAUUCUUUCUGUUACU